AAAUGAGCCACUGCGGGUUUGUUUACUAAAACUUUAACACCAAGGCGAUUUUUUUGAAGCUUGGGUUGGUAAUUAUGUCGCUGCUGAAGCCUUUUUCUAAACUCCCCGAUCUGAACUCAGCGACUAUCUUGCUGGUGGAGAGCGAGGAGCAGUUUCAGCAGAGUUUAGCGGACGCUCUGGUGGAGGAGGCCAACAUCAUCGUGAAUGUGAGACUAGCGAAGACUCUUCCUCUGCCCGUGGAGAACGAGGAGAGCCGCCCGAGGGUCGACCUGGUGGUGUUCAUCAUCAACCUCACCUCAGAGCUCAGUUUCCAGUCUGCAGAAGCUUCCCUGAAAUAUUUGGAUCCUGGUUAUUUCCUCGGAAAAGCCUGCUUCAUGGUCACAAACGCUCGACAGGCUUCAGUUCCUGUGGAGCGCCUGGAGGCUGUCAGAAAGCUGGCCGCCUCGCUGCACUGCCCCCUGCUGUUCGCUGAGGAUCAGACACCAGACGGUGUGACGGCCGCUGCCGAGAGGCUGCUGACCAUCCUGAGAGUGGCGGCCGGCGUUGUUCCCAUGGCGACGGCCCUGUACCUGUCAAACCUGACCAGGUGCACUCUGCCCCCUGACAUCGACCAGCCCAGCUUUGAUUAGAUCCCCUCGCAGAUUUCUUUGACGGAUGAACCUUUCCCAGCUUCUCAUCUUUAUAUUUAUUUCCAGAAUUUUUUUUGUUUUGUUUUUAUUGUUUUCAGUUGUGUGUGUUUUUCUUUACAUCGCGUUUUUAUGUUUUUCUUGUCUACGUUUUUAAAGUGUGUGAUCAUGGCUCUCACAUAUUCAAACUGUUGAUGAUUUUAAGUGAGCACAAGUUAACUUAUCUUUAAAAGCUGUGACUCCAAUCCAUUCCAAUCACACAACUGAGCCUAACGCUCGUCUUUAGAUUCACUGAACUGAUGCCGAAGGGUUUGUG